UUUUGCCCGUUUUACAUCACAGAGACUGGAUGGGAGUCGCUGCUGCUGUUAGGAUGGGAAACAGGAAGUGAACGUCACUGACACAGGAAUGGGACUGUAAAAGGAAAACACCAUCAUGAUGAGGAGAACGUCAAAUCCACUCGUGUAGGAAACCAAAAUCCUCGUUUCAGCUCCAGGAAAAAAAGGAUGAAUGUUCGUGUCCGAGCGGAAAUUGAGGCAUCAGGAAGGGCCCCGGUGUGUUGCUAAAUGGAGUCAGAGCAGCUGUACCACAGAGGCUACUGCAGGAACAGCUACAACAGCAUCGCCAGCGCCAGCAGCGACGAGGAGCUGCUGGAUGGAGCCGGCGUUAUCAUGGACUUCCACACCACAGAGGACGACAACCUGCUGGAUGGGGACGCUACCUCCCCAGGGUCUAACUACGUCAUGUCUAACGGGGGCGGGGCACCCAGCAGUACCACCCACCUGUUGGACUUCCUAGAGGAGCCCAUCCCGGGUGUGGGGACCUACGACGACUUCCACACCAUCGACUGGGUCCGCGAGAAGUGCAAGGACCGGGAGAGGCACCGGAAGAUUAACAGUAAGAAAAAGGAGUCAGCAUGGGAGUUUACAAAGAGCCUGUACGAUGCCUGGUCUGGGUGGCUGGUGGUGACGCUCACUGGCUUGGCCUCAGGUGCUUUGGCUGGCCUGAUUGACAUUGUUGCUGAUUGGAUGAACGACCUGAAGGAGGGCGUGUGUCUGAGCGCCAUGUGGUUCAACCACGAGCAGUGUUGCUGGACUUCCAAUGAGACCACCUUCGCUGAAAGGGACAAGUGUCCUCAGUGGAAGAGCUGGGCUGAGCUAAUACUGGGGCAGGCUGAGGGACCCGGCUCGUACAUCAUGAACUACUUCAUGUACAUCUACUGGGCUCUGUCCUUCGCCUUCCUGGCUGUCUGUCUGGUCAAAGUGUUUGCUCCCUACGCCUGCGGCUCUGGGAUCCCUGAGAUUAAGACCAUCCUGAGUGGUUUUAUCAUCCGGGGAUACCUGGGCAAGUGGACCCUGAUGAUCAAGACCAUCACUCUGGUGCUGGCGGUGGCGUCUGGCCUCAGCCUGGGGAAGGAGGGUCCCCUGGUCCAUGUGGCCUGCUGCUGUGGGAACAUCUUCUCCUACCUCUUCCCCAAGUAUAGCAAGAACGAGGCUAAAAAACGAGAGGUUCUCUCUGCUGCGUCGGCGGCUGGUGUGUCUGUUGCUUUUGGAGCCCCAAUUGGAGGAGUGCUCUUCAGCUUGGAGGAGGUGAGCUACUACUUCCCUCUCAAGACGUUGUGGCGCUCCUUCUUUGCCGCCCUGGUGGCAGCCUUCGUACUGCGCUCCAUCAACCCGUUUGGUAACAGCCGUCUGGUACUGUUCUACGUGGAAUACCACACACCGUGGUACCUGUUUGAGCUCAUCCCUUUCAUCCUUCUGGGAGUUUUUGGAGGCCUCUGGGGCGCCUUCUUCAUCCGAGCCAACAUUGCUUGGUGCCGGCGGCGCAAAUCGACACGCUUCGGCAAGUACCCGGUUUUGGAGGUAAUCUUUGUGGCGGCCAUCACAGCUGUGGUUGCUUUCCCAAACCCGUACACUCGUCAGAACACCAGUGAGCUGAUAAAGGAGCUGUUUACCGACUGUGGGCCACUGGAGUCUUCGCAGCUCUGCCAGUACCGCAGCCAGAUGAAUGGCAGUAAGGCCUUCACCGACAACCCCAACCGGCCGGCAGGGCCCGGCGUCUAUGCCGCCAUGUGGCAGCUUUGCCUGGCGCUCAUCUUCAAAAUCAUCAUGACUAUAUUCACCUUUGGACUCAAGGUACCGUCAGGUUUGUUCAUCCCCAGCAUGGCUAUCGGGGCGAUUGCAGGGCGAAUCGUUGGCAUCGCCGUGGAGCAGCUGGCCUAUUAUCACCACGACUGGUUCUUGUUCAAAGAGUGGUGUGAGGUGGGGGCGGACUGCAUCACUCCAGGGCUCUACGCUAUGGUGGGGGCCGCGGCAUGUCUGGGCGGUGUAACCCGUAUGACUGUCUCCCUGGUUGUCAUUGUCUUUGAGCUGACCGGUGGGUUGGAGUACAUCGUCCCCCUCAUGGCUGCCGUUAUGACCAGCAAAUGGGUGGGCGACGCGUUUGGCCGUGAGGGAAUCUACGAGGCCCACAUACGUCUGAACGGUUACCCCUUCCUGGACGCCAAGGAAGAAUUUACACACGUCACACUGGCCAGAGAGGUGAUGAGGCCUCGACGCAGCGACCCGCCCUUAGCGGUGCUGACACAGGACGACCUGACAGUGGAGGAGCUGCAGAGCACUAUCAAUGAAACCAGUUAUAAUGGUUUCCCUGUGAUAGUGUCCAAGGAGUCGCAGAGGCUGGUGGGCUUCGCUCUGCGCAGGGACAUCACUAUCGCUAUCGAAAAUGCACGUCGCAAGCAGGAGGGCAUCAUGUUGAACUCCAGGGUGUACUUCACCCAGCACGCACCCACCCUGCCGGCCGACAGCCCUCGGCCCCUCAAACUUCGCUCCAUCUUGGACAUGAGCCCCUUCACCGUCACCGACCACACCCCCAUGGAGAUUGUGGUUGACAUCUUCAGAAAGAUGGGGCUGCGCCAGUGCUUGGUUACUCACAACGGGAAUGUGUUGGGCAUCAUCACAAAGAAGAAUAUAUUAGAGCAUCUGGAGGAGCUCAAGCAGCACACGGAGCCCUUGAUUGACGGCAUCUGAACCAUCGCCUUAACAACAACUUGGCGGCUUCUUGGUAUUAUCACAAAAAAAGAUAUCCUUCGUCACAUGGCUCAAAUGGCAAACCUAGAUCCCGAGUCCAUCAUGUUCAACUGAUCCGAUCCUUCCAGGACGGCCGGGGGGGAGGGGGAGACGACAGCGAGGAGGAGGUGCACCUCCUGGACGGCUCCAAUCUCUGACAUUUGGACCUCGUUUUUUAGUUUUUAGUUUCCAGCUGUAGAACCCUAACCUCGCAGACUGACUGUGGUUCCCAGAGACUUGGCGGCCAUGAGAGGGAAAAGACACGAUAAACGACUUUGUUAUUCUGGCUUCUGUGGACAUGGAGGUCACGGGUUGAAGACACUCACAAGUGAAGUACAAAAUCCCCCAAACGCCCACUUUUGCAUUGCAGUCACCUCAAACAUGCAUGCUCUCUCUUCGCGUACACAUAACCUGUAAAGAUUUACCCCUUUGCACUCUUCAUGUGCCUCACCCUUGUCCUGUCUCCGCUGAGGUCGUGGUAGACGUUGCCUGGCAGUGGACCGAGGUCAGAAUGAUCCGCUGAUGAGGGACGCGAUGAGUGACCUUAAACCUCCAGGCUCUGUUUAAAUUACUCACUUUCCUCCCCCACUGCACACACACCUGACCUGUCUGUCCUCCAGAUUUUGUGUGUGUCCCUGUGUGUGUCCGUGUGUGUGUCAGUGUGGCCGUCCCCGUCCUAGCGGCACUACAUUCCAGUCAGGUUACCAUAGGAACAGAGGAUGUGCACCUGCAAAAAGCCAGGAUCACAUUUUGGUCUAAAUGAGGUGUGUGUGGGAGAGAGGCAUAGAUGGGAACUGUAUUUUAAGAACUUUCCGAUGGAAGUGAGUGUUUUCUUUUCUUAACCAGCUUUAGCUGUGUGUGUGCGCGUCACAGGUCGAGUGUGUCUGGAAAGGAAAACAAUAAGAAAGCGUCCAUGUUGAGUUCUUCUGUGUACUGUUACAGGACACAAAAUAUAUAAAAUUUCCUUUUCCUUCGCAAACUAUUACUCUUGCCACUUUUAGACUUUUGAUCUUGCUAUAAUCAAUUAGGUUUUUACAACUUAAAUUAAAACAAAACUGUGAAUCUGCACUGUUUCAAGUGAUGGGUUAGUGUGUGAUUGGAGAUGGAUGGUGUUAAUGCUACAUGGUAACUUCUUGUUUUCUUUUUAGGAAAUCUGUCCACCUCUUUGGAUAAUUGGAUAUUUUCAAACAAACUAUUUUUUCCGUAUAUUACAUUUCCAUUAAUUUAUCAGAGGAAAAAUUAAAGUUAAACACGCCGUACAUCUUUGAAAGCAGCGACCUAAUGUGCUCAACAAAAACCUAAUUGUCCACCUGGAAAUGACAAAUAAGCUAAAGAGAUUUUCACAUUGUCCACAUCACUUUGAUUAAAUAGUAUUUCCAACAGUUGAUAGUGUGUGCCAGAUGUUUAAAGGUUGAGGCGUCUAAACAGUUGAGAUGUUGAUAUUUUGACACUUUAACAUGAUUUAAAAUGACAAAUACAGGAAACCAAAACCAGUACAAAAAAGGUCACUAAAGAACUAACAAUUGUUGGAUUUUUUUAUUUUUAUUACUCAAGGCCAAGUUUGGUUAAAUAACGCAAGUUAGUGUCUCUAAAGUGCUUGUUUUGUCCUCCCACCAGUCCAAAACACAAACAUAUUGGAGUCAUAAUGAUACAAAACAGAGUAAAGCUAUAAAUCCUCACAUUUUAGGAUCCCGGGCCAGCAAAUAUCUGCUUAAUAAUACUUUUGCUGCACAAACCCACCAGCACAACAUACGAUAGACCACUGAUUCCAGUACUAAAGUCAACCUUUUCAUUUCAAGCCGGAAAUAAGUUAAUUCUAUGUGAAAAAUGUCCCAGUUUCCCCCCCUCCCUCCCUUUACUUCUCAUGUCAUAUCCUGUCAUUCAACUCACGACCCACGUGAAGAACCACUGCUGUUAGCCACACACGCAUGUACACAUCUGCACGCUGCUUUUAGUGAUAGCAGGUUGUGCUCAAUCUUACUUGUCCAGUUUUGCUACAUCUGUAGAAGUAACACCUGCUACUCCCACCUGCCUUUCCCUUUUUGUCCUUGGAACAUGUAACGUGUUGUGAUCCUUUCAAGUGAAAACGAUAAAGGGAAAUGAAGUGAUGGAAAGAUUCAAGGGGGGACAAACGGUAGCACUUUACUUGUAGAGUGGCGUGUGCGUGUGCGUGUGCGUGUGCGUGUGCGUGUGCGUGUGCGUGUGCGUGUGUGUGUGUGUGUGUGUGUGUGAGAGGAAGGUCGGGUUCAUCCCAUAUACUUGUUUCCGUUGCAGCACUUGCUGUGUCAAAAGGCAGCAGAGCGUCGUCUUUGUUAACCAGUGGUGUUGCCUAACAUUGUAUUUCAUACUGAUCUCAAUGUUUUCUUUUUUUAAUUUAUGGUUAGUGUCGAUAGAGUUGUGCAUUAUGAAGAAUUUUACGUAUGAUUACAUUGAUUGUUUGAUUGUACAUUUAAGACAAAAUAUGUAAAGAUUAAAUUUUGUUUUAAAUUAAAAGAAACAAAAAGAUUCAAGUUA